CGCUUGGCCGAUUUUAAAGCCUUUUCAUAGAAAGUGUGAAGUGUGUGAAAAAUUUGCAAACAAUCGCAUUAACAAAUGCGCGGAAACAAGUUUUGAUUGUUACACAAGUGAAAUUUAUGUUUCAAUUUGGUUUUGCGUUUUCUUUUGAGCACAUCAACUAAUAGCAUUGAGAAACAAACAACAGCAAGAAAAAUAUAUAUAUAUAUAUGUAUAAAGAAAUCAACAACAGAACGUAGUGAAAAUUAUUAUAUGCCACAGAAACUGAAUGCGAGAGCUAUGCUAGUGAAUGCAGCAGCAGCGGCAACUGGCACGAGAAUGGCAGCAAUCAGAAUGACAAACUGCAGUGAUUAAAACCAGUCGGGCCAGGCCAGGCCAGCCCCAUUGGCACCAGCCGCCAGCGAGUCAGAGUCACUACGUCUGUGAGUGCGCCAGCUGCACCACCACAACCACUGAGAAUCACUAACAGCACCACCCAAGCGAGUGGCAAACGCUGCUGAAUCAUCAGAACCAGCGACUAAAAAAAGGCCGGGCUCAACAGUUUUCAAGUGCGCUACGUCAAUUGAAAAUACUUUAAUUCUACCAAGUGCAGCAUCUAGAGAAGCCGUCAAGAGACCUUCAGCGUUCAACGUCAACUGUGCCAGCAACAAUGCUAAUUACUGACCGGAGAAGAUAUCCACACAGCAGCAGGGCGACGAGGGCACCAGCUGUCAUGUUGCAUAUGCUCCCCGGCUUGUUGAUCUGCUUCUGCCUCCAAACAGUCUCCGCUUGGAUGCCCGAUGUGCGACCCGAUUUGCAAACGAAAGCAGACAAAGUGACGGCGAGUUUCUAUGGCAACAAAACGGACUUUUAUAAGAUUUUGGAUCACGAUGAUGAGAGCAUUCUCGUGGGUGCCAAGGAUGUCGUCUAUAAUAUCAGCCUGCGGGGACUGAAGGAAAACAGCCGGCUCGUGUGGACCAGCCCGGGUGCCGAUCGUGAGCUGUGCGUACUUAAGGGCAAGCACGAACGGGACUGCCACAACUAUUUGCGGGUCUACGCUCGACUCAGUGAUGGCCAAAUUAUGCUCUGUGGCACCAAUUCGUACAAACCGCGCUGUCGCCACUAUGCCACCGUGGAUCCGGCUGCGGGUGUUGCGCCUUCCAGCGACAACAGCAUGGGCUACGAAAUGACGCGGGAAGUUGAGGCUCAGGGUCUCUGUCCGUAUAGUCCCGCUCACAAUAGCACCUAUGCGUUUGCCGAUGACAAGCUGUAUAGCGCCACUGUCGCAGACUUUUCUGGUGGCGAUCCCCUGAUCUAUCGAGAGACUCUGCGCACCGAGCAAUACGAUCUCAAGCAACUUAAUCAGCCGGACUUUGUGGGCGCCAUUGAACGCAAUGGAUACGUGCUGUUCUUUUUCCGUGAACUGUCCAUGGAAUUCAUGAACUUUGGCAAAGCGGUCUACUCACGCGUGGGUCGUGUCUGCAAGAACGAUCGUGGUGGUCCAUACAACCAUGGUAAAAGCUGGACGUCGUUCCUUAAGGCGCGACUCAACUGCUCGGUGCCCGGCGAGUUUCCAUUUUACUUUGAUGAAAUACAGGCUAUAAGUCCAAUUGUGGAGAGCGGCUCCAAUGCAUUGGUUUAUGCUGUGUUUACGACGCCGGUGAACGCCAUACCCGGCUCUGCGGUGUGUGCCUAUCGCUUAGACGACAUACUGGCCGCCUUUGAUGGGGAUUUCAAGUCGCAAAAGGACUCGCAAUCGCACUGGCUGCCCGUGGAACAAACGCAGGUGCCCAAACCGCGUCCCGGCCAGUGUGUGGAAGAUUCCCGCACGCUGACAAGCAUUGCAGUAAAUUUCAUUAAAAAUCAUCCGCUGAUGGAGAGUGCUGUGCCCGCUGUGCAUGGCCGUCCUUUGCUGACGAAGGUUAAUCUGCACCAUCGGCUCACUGCCAUCACAGUGGAUCCGCAGGUGCGUGCAUUAAAUGGCAACCACUACGAUGUCAUCUACAGUGGCACCGAUGACGGCAAAGUGACCAAGUUCAUCAACAUCCUGACAACACAUCAGAACAGCAGCACGGACCGCCUGCGCACAGUGGUCAUCUCCGAAAUGCAGGUGCUGCCGCUGGGCACGCCUGUGCGCGAAUUGGUUAUUUCUUCCAAGAAGAACACGCUCGUUGUGGUCAGCGAUGGGCGACUGGUAACGGUGCCCCUACACCACUGUUCACUGAUUGUCGACUGCCUGGGCUGCCUCAGUCUGCAGGACCCUAACUGUGCUUGGGAUUUGCAGACGCACGAGUGCAAGAAUCUUGCCGCCAGCCAGCACAAAUUCGGCACUAAAACCUAUAUGCAAAGCCUAAACACGACCAAAAAGGCGGCUGCGGCUCUUUGCCCAAAAACUGCCGCAGAUCCCGUUAUUGUUACCAUGGCCCCAUCACAAAUGGAGGAGGUCGAAAAGCUCCAUUACGCCAGUGUGGGCAGUGCACAAGCUGAGGUGCAACCCAGCCAGGAACAACAGCCAACUGGCGGCGGAGCUGAUUUUACGCUAAAUGACUAUAUUGAUGAGAAUAAAAUACCGCAGGCAUCAGUGGAUCCCGAGCAGGUUAUGACCAAUCUGCAUGAUCCCCAGAAGUCGAUAGCAGUUGUCAAUGAGGUGCAAAAGGCGUCUGCCAUUACGAACAAUACAAUUGUAAUUAUUACACUUGCGUUCUUGAUGACAUUCUUUGUGGGUGGCUAUGUGGGCAUCAAGAUAAAGCAAUGGUGCAAUCAGAAUCGAUUAGAUGCCAGUCAUCACAAUCACUUUGUCAAGCAAACCCAAUUCAAGCAUCAAAACAGCGGCAAGGACAUUAAUUUAUUAAUCAACUCGAAUCCGUACACGACGCCACAGAAAACAGCGAACCUGGAUCUUGAAAAAGAUCGUAGUCACGAAUGCAAAAACUCCACAGAACAUUUGGAAAAGGAACUGCCCUGCAAAACGUCGACUAUGACAAAAGUGAAACGCACUUAUAUAUGAAGAGGGAAACAUGCAUCAGUUUUUUUGAUGGCCAGUUUACCACAAAAUUAGUCGAAUUUUCGUUGUUUAUGUUGCUGUUAGUUGUAGUAAACCCCCCGCCCGACUUGACGUAUCAGCAGUUUUUCUGACGCGUUUGAAACGUGUCUCGGCGCAUACGUAACUGUUGUGCUUAUAUUUAGUGUUUUUUUUCUGUCAAGGUUUAGUUAAAUUUAUCGCUUAAACACAGCGCACUGUGCUAUGCUAGAGAAAGGGCAUUACGAUAACGCUUGUAUGCCUUUUGCUGCUACGCAGUAUACGAGGCGGCACAUCUAUAUGUUUAUUUGAUAGAAUAAUUUGUAAGUGCAUUAGAGCUUAGACAUAUGCAUAUCACAUAUAUAGAAACCAGAUUCGGGCUAUACAAAAAUUGGCUAUGUUUUAUUGAACAAAAGUUUUUGGUCGUGCCCAGAACUGUCGAACCCACCCACAAAUCAAAUAUUUUUCUCGAAAUUCACGACGAUUAUUAUUCUGUACAAGUAUUUUGUUAGACUGAAAGUUUUUCUAUACACAUUUUAGUUUUCUAUGUGCAUGCAACAAUAUGCUGUUUAAUUAUAUAUUUUGUGUUUUGUGGCUAAGAAAAGCAAUAUAAAUUGUAUCUAACAUAAAGCUCAAUAAGGAAUUGAAUAUAAGAAUAUGUAUUUUUGUAACUUUAUAUUGUACGAUUUAGGCUUAAGGAAAUUACACGAUUAUUUAACGUUUACUUCUGCGGUCAAACAUAAAUGAGGCUGUUUCGUAAGAACUGAGAUCCCUGGACACACCAGCCCUUAAAAAGUAAAUAACGCACAAAAAAUGAUUGCACACGCCUUAAAAAAUAUAUAUAUAAAUUUAUAUACAUAUAUAUAAAAGCCUAUAUUUAGGCUUUAAAGUAAAUGUGAAGAUACAAAUUUAGGCUAAGCAUUAUAAUAAAUACAUACUUGCAUGUAUUUUAAAGCAGAAUCAGCA